UAAGCCAGCGUUAGAGACGAAUAUGCACACUUCCUGGGAUUCUGAUCGCUGAUCAGCUGCUGGUGGACAUGGGACGACAUCCUCACUGAGUUAGAUAAAGUCAGAACAUUUCAUAGCUGGGUUUUCUGCAAGACAGUGGUAGCAAACAAGCAAAGAGGAACAAUGUGGACCAAACAUAUUCUUUUUCUGGUCGGCGCCCUGAGCAUGUGCCAGGUUUUCUCGCAAGACAUCUACGUUGCGGAGCUGAUGGUGGAGAGCAACGUCACGCUGACGUCAGCGAGCAUCCUGGCGAGUUGGAACUCAUCCACUUCCCUCAAUGUGGACGGAACCACAGUGACGAUCUCCAGCAGCGAGCUGGUCGCAGAAUGCCUGGUUGUUGGAGAGGAAUACAGCUGCAACUGCUCCACCGGCUACGCCUGGAGUGACGAGGUCUGCUACAACUACAGCUGCUGUACCGAAGCUCCAUGUCUGAAAAAUGUGUCCCAGGCUGCAUCCAUCUGCGUUGAGAAAUUCAACGUUAUCAUCAAUGGAUCCGUACAGCUGACUUCGGGGUCCUGGACUUCUGUGCAAACCACGAUGCUUGAAAAAGGGCUGAGGAUGAUGAAUGGCGUGGGAUCCUUGAAUAUCACUGCGCCGAGUUCGUUGCAGCCGCCCAUUGCUGAGUUUGAGAUGCUUGUCUAUGUCAGAUUAGACCAAGUCAAGUUUCAGCAGAUUCUGAAUGGUCUGACUGCCAACCUGUCAUCGGCCCCGAUUUACGUCGACACUAAACAAAUGGUACACAUCUCUGGGGGAAGCACUCAAGUGAAGUAUGAGGGCCAAAUUGAUCUUACCUGCAAAAUGAAGGAACCCACAGGCAGCGCUGGGUGGAACCUAAGUAGACCAUUUGAGCGCUUUUCGGUCAGCAAAGGCAGUUUGACCAUAAUUUCCACAGACUGUGUCAAUGAAGAAUACAAAUCCUGUCUGACACUUAAUGUAACUAAAGCAACAGGUGCCUGGACAGGUAUAUAUGAGUGUGGAUUUACUUAUGGAACAAUCAGACACACUGCCAGCGUUCCCAUAAAAGUAGUUCUCCUGCCAGAUGUGAUUACCAUGAAGUUUAGCCCUCUGAUUGUAGAUUGUUCUACCGGGAUUCCUUCUGUAACUGUCACAGCAACUAUCCCAAAGUCUGAUGAGUCAUACACAUACUUUUGGAAAUACAAUGGUGGCGAAAUAACGGGAAGUGCAAUUAAUAACCAGAGUUUCGAAGUCAAGCAUAACCUGAAUUGUGUCUACAAAGACCGACAAAUUGUGAACAUCACUUUUAAAAACAGCAUAUCUCAGGAAAAGUCUGCACAUGUGGAAAUCCCCGUGUUUCGUGAAACUGCAAUAUUCUGCAAAGAAGAGACUCUCAAUGACGAGAAGUGGCUAAAAACUCCGGGUGGAGUGACAUUGUUUAAUCAGACUUGUCCACCAGGUAGGGUAGGGUACAAGUCACGUACGUGUGCCCAGGAUGGAAAAUGGCAAGAGGUUUUCUCCAAAUGCAUCAGUGAGGAGCUGAGCAAAGUUACAGACGCAGCUAACAAAUUUCUGACUGGACUUGGAGCCACACAGGAAGUGGCUAAGGACAUAUUUGAAGGAGUCAAGAACAGCUCUAGUUUAAGCUCCAAUGGCUCUGCUGACAUUGCUGACAUUGGUGCUUCCAUUGGCAUUAUAGGAUUGAUGGCCAACGCUUCAAACAACAUCGAUUUGGAUGAGGAUGUGUUGCCUGAUUUAAUUGAUGCAGCCAGCAAUAUGGUCAACUCAAACUGGAGUGAGGUAAAUGACACAAUCCGUCAAGACAUGUCUGCAAACUACCUUUCCAAUGUGGAGGAUUUGGUGAAGAACAUCAAGAUCAACACCAGUGAGGGUUUCAACAGUACAAACCUGGAGCUCAAAUUCUGCUCAAGUGAUGACUGCAGCAUGUCUGUUUUUGGCAUUGAUGUGAAUUUGAACAAGACCAAUGGAACAAUGAAAACCAUGGGCGUGAAGAAUCUGAUGGAAAAAUUGAAAAACAACAACUUUCCAGGCAAAAAUCGCAGCAGCAUAUUGCUGUCAGCCACCCUCGUAGGCAACACUGAUUCAGAUGUUAAGAUUAAAAUGUUCUUCCCCGACGAGCAACCAACUGCCACAGAACGUCUCUGUGUCUUCUGGGAUACACGUAACAAAGACUGGUCCAGCGAAGGCUGUAUUGCCAACAUCACCGAGGACAACCAAACACUCUGUGAAUGCAACCACCUCACUUCCUUCUCCGUCCUCAUGUCCAAAAGUGGCGACUUCAAGGAUUCUUCGAUCCUUGACAUGAUCACAAACAUUGGACUGGGUGUGUCUGUUUUCUCCCUGCUCAUCUUUCUUUUCGUCGAAUCCUUGGUGUGGUCGGCUGUGACAAAGUCGAACCUGUCUCAUUUCCGUCACACAGCCGUGGUGAACAUUGCCGUGUUCCGCCUGCUCGCAGACUGCAGCUUCUUGGCUUCGACUGAUCCCAAAAAGCUCUCCGAUACCUUGUGCUUCACCUUCACCGUCUGCAAGCACCUGUUUUACCUGGCGAUGUUCUGCUGGAUGCUUUGUCUGAGCGUGAUGCUCGUCCACCAACUCAUCUUUGUUUUCAGCCCGGUCAGGAAAAGAGUCUUUAUGUACCUCUCCAGCAUUUUAGGCUAUGUUUUACCAAUUGCACUAGUGGGAACCAGCUAUGUGUAUUACAAAUACAAAGAACAGGACUACUACAGUACAAAGACCUGUUGGUUAACAUAUGACCGGCUGUUGGAGGGCUCCAUUCACGCAUUUCUUCUCCCUGUGGGCACCAUUCUUUUGUCAAAUCUCUUCUCCAUGGUGGUUGUCAUUGUCACCUUGGUGAAGACCUCUGUACCAGACAGCAGCAAAUCAGAUGACAAGGAAACAGCCAAGAGCAUUCUCAAAGUGAUCGUCUUUCUAGCUCCAGUCUUUGGAGUAACGUGGAUCAUUGGGUUUGCUUUACUCAUGCUGGAGAAAGGUCCCUUGUAUGACGUCUUCGAGUAUGCCUUCACCAUCCUCAAUUCUUUCCAGGGCCUUUUCAUUCUGCUAACAGGUUGUGUGGGAGAGCAGAAGGUGAGGCAGGAAGUGAUUAGAAUCAUAAUGGUAAAAACUGGACGAGACACUGAUAGUGCCAAGAAACUGACUAAUAGUUCAUCUACACUCUACACAAAAGACAAAUGAUGAAGAAACAGUGGAAACAGAAAGAGCAGCUCUGGUGACCACAGCGCCACCGUGACCCAGGAGAGAACACUUCUUGACGUUUGCAAUGUGGUAGAUUUUGAUCCGUAGACUGUUCCAAAUGUGUAGCUGGUUCCUUUAAGAACAUAAUCAAAAACCAGUCAAGUAGAAGACUAAUGAUAAUUAGCAGUGAGUGGGUGACAUUUCCAAAAUGAUGCAUAUGUAUACUGUAGAAGUACAUUCCAUAUGUGUUACUGACCAAUGAGACAAGCAACACAUUUAAAUAACCAAUAUUUAUUUUUAGGUUUGGGGUCAAUGUGGAGCUUUUAGUUAUUAGAAUUCUAAUUGAAAAAUGCAAAUAGUGAACAAUGA